GUCUGGGCAUAACACCCCACCCCCAACGUUUUCGGAAAACAGAGUACAGCGCCGUCCGCCUAAAUCACGGAAGCGAAAAAGUGAUUUGCAGGCUGCUGCAAAUUAUGGAAGAGAGCGGAGGAAGACCUAAGCACACUGCAACUUGUUGAAGAAGCUUUUCAAGAAAUCAAGCACGCCACCGUUAAUUAUCUUCUAUUUCAUAUCGUUGGGUUCAAGAAUGACGCUUCAUUGUUGUCUUCUAUUAUUACUGGAGUAGUGACUAUUAUCAGAACAUUUGUCUCCACCUACGAUUUUCCAUAGGGUCGGAAGGAGAAAACUGCUUCUUGAAGCUUGUGUUCAGAAGUUCAUCUGCCAGGCUACAAUUGGAAGGAUUUUAUUUGAUGAUUUGAAACCUACAGGCACUCUUGGUAAAGCAAAAGCAAGAAUUGUGGUGGUAUUGGUUUGCUUGUUUGUGAUGUCGUUUGUGUGGUCAUGGGUCCUCUUGGUUGGUUGAUACUAAGUGAAACAUUCUCAAUGGAGACGAGAACUGCAGGGCCCGGCCCCAGAAACAGCCCAUGACCCGUUGCAGCAAGAUUUGUAAAAGCCAAACUUCUUCGAUGGCUCAAUGAGUCCGAGCGCGCAGAGCCCCUUCUUCCAAGUUCCGAAAAUUGAACCUCCGUAACACUGCGGCUUCCUCUGCCGGCUCUGCGGCUGGUCUUCCUCUACGGCUGGCUUCUUUAAUCAUCGUUGAUUCUCUGUUUAUGCACCGCGUCUCUCCUCUGUUUCUCUGUGUGAGUAAUUCUAGGGCCUCUUCAACAUCUUUAACUACUAGUGCUGACUGCAUGAUGGUCAAUUAACAUUGGCUGCUUUAUUCCAUAUGCUAGGAUGAUGUUUUAGAGGGAGCUUAAAUUUCAGCGGCAUAAAACUGAUUUCAUGGAGUUUGUUCGACUUUGAACGAAUUUCAUUGACGUGAUGGAGUGAUGAGAAAGUUGAUUAGGUUGAUCUUUACUUAUUUGGGGGAGUUGCUGCAUCUUGCAUAGGAUGGGUUUCUUUCAUAGAAAUGACAGCCUUGUGCCAUUGUUUGCAAUUCUUUUAUCAUCAACGCCCCUUAGAUUUUCCUACAAAGUAUUUUCAGUUCUUUUUCAUUGGACCAUUUUUUAGCCAACGACUUUCUUCAUUGUUCUCAACCAGUACCAGGCCUUUUCCCAAUUAUUCCCCAAAGAAACCCUCCAUUAGGGACUCUGAAAUUGUUUGUCAAAUUUCAACUGCAAUAAAGUUGCGCCACUCCGAACCUCUCCACCACAUUUUAAAGGCUUACGAAUCCAAGUUUAGGUCUGACUACCUAAUUUGGGUUCUUAUGGACAUUAAAAACGAUUAUCAAUUGGUUUUGGAUUUCGUUGAUUGGGUCGCUCUACGUAGAGACCCGACCUUAGAAGCUCGGUGCAUUGUUAUUCAAAUUGCUGUUGCUUCGAAGGACCUAAAAAUGGCUCAUAAACUUAUCCGAGAAUUUUGGGAAAAGCCCAAUUUGGACAUUAGUCUUUCAUUCACCCAUUUUGUUGAGCAGUUGAUAUACACUUAUAGAGAUUGGGGUUCAGAUCCACGCACCUUUGAUGUUCUCUUCCAAGUCCUUGUUGAAUGUAGGAUGCUCAAUGAAGCAAAAGAUCUCUUUCACAAGUUGUUGAACUAUGGAUUGGUUAUUUCUGUUGAUUCUUGUAACUUGUAUCUUACACACCUGUCAAGAGAUAUUGAUGGGCUUCCAAACAUUAUAAAGGUUUUUAAAGAAUUUCCUGAAGUGGGUGUUCGUUGGAACACGGCCUCAUAUAAUAUCAUUAUUGGUUCUCUUUGCCGAUCAGGGAAAGUAAGAGAAGCUCACCAUUUGCUCCUACAAAUGGAGUGGAAGGGCUGUAUUCCUGACAUUGUGACUUAUAGCACCGUAAUCAAUGGAUAUUGUCAUGCUGGAGAACUCCAAAUAGUGUUGAAGCUUUUAGAAGAAAUGCAAAUAAAAGGAGUGAGACUGAACCGAUAUACAUAUAAUAGCAUAAUCUUUCUUCUCUGCAAGAGUGGUCAAGUUAUGGAAGCUGAAAAGAUCUUGAGGGAGAUGUUGACCCUACAAAUAACUCCUGAUAAUGUGGUUUACACAACUCUUAUUGAUGGUUUCUGUAAAUUGGGCAAUAUUCCUGCUGCUUAUAAGCUAUUUGAUGAAAUGCGCAGUCAGAAAAUAUGUUCCGAUGUUAUAACAUAUACUGCCAUUAUUUGUGGGCUUGUUCAAAGUGGGAAGAUGAUGGAAGUAGGUAAUCUUUUCCAAGAAAUGCAGAGAAUAGGGUUGGAAGCAGAUGAAGUUACUUAUACAGCUGUUAUUGAUGGUUAUUGCAAAGCAGGUGAUAUAAAAAGAGCCUUUUCUCUUCACAAUCAGAUGGUUCAGAUGGGCCUUACUCCAACGGUUGCCACAUACACUGCGCUUGCUGAUGGCCUUUGUAAAAAUGGCGAGUUAGAGACAGCAAAUGAGCUUCUUCAUGAGAUGUGCAGAAAGGGCCUUCAACUGAACAUCUACACUUACAACUGUAUUGUUAAUGGUCUUUGUAAAGCUGGAAACAUAAGACAAGCGGUGCAGCUUAUGGAAGAAAUGGAAAUUUCAGGGUUCCAGCCUGAUACUAUCACUUAUACGACUAUAAUGGAUGCUUACUGUAAAACUGGAGAGAUUGUCAAAGCUCAUGAGCUCCUGCGGAAGAUGCUGGAGAAAGGUCUUCAACCUACAGUUGUUACAUUCAAUGUGCUGGUGAAUGGGUUUUGUAUGUCAGGAAUGCUGGAAGAUGCCGAGAAGCUACUGACAUGGAUGUUGGAGAAGGGCAUAAGGCCGAAUGCAACUACCUACAAUUCUAUAAUAAGGCAGUACUGCAUUAAAAAUAAUAUGCGAAGAACAACUGAGAUUUAUAGGGGGAUGUUUGCUCAAGGAGUGAUUCCUGAUAGUAACACAUAUAACAUUUUGAUAAAGGGGCAUUCCAAAGCCAGGAAUAUGAAAGAGGCUUGGUUUUUGAGCAGAGAAAUGAUUGAGAAGGGAUUUAGUCUCACAGCUAGUUCUUAUAAUGCUCUUAUCAAAGGCUUUCUUAGGAGGAAGAAAAUCUCGGAAGCUACGGAACUAUUUGAAGAGAUGAGAAGAGAAGGGCUGCCUGCUGACAGAGAAAUAUACAGCAUUUUUGCUGAUAUGAACUAUGAAGAAGGGAACAUGGAAGCCACUCUCGACCUUUGUGAUGAAGCAAUAGAAAAAUGUCUUGUGGUACUACCUGAAGACAGGGACUUGCAAAUUUUGGGCCACUUGCAAGUUUCAUCAUCCUAGAGAGAAGGCUGGGCAUUGCUGGAAGAGUUUCCUUAAACAUUUUGGAAUGAGAUUGAAUCUGCUUAUUAUUUAAGAACUCGACAAUGCAAGUUUGGGGGCACUUGUAAAUUUCACCAUCCAUCAACCGAAUAAUAUGAUGGUUCCAUUGUGUGGUUCACUAAUGCUCAAUCUCCAACAACUCCUGGUCAGCAGUCAUAUUCCAGGGGGGAUAACAAAUUGGUCAAGAGCGUCAUUUAUCACUUGCCCACGCUGGCAGGGUUUUUCUAAUUAUACACCUCUAAUUUUUCAACAGGGAGAUGUAUCACUCCAUCCUACAGUGGCCAACUUGGGUCAGUUUCAUCAUCGGAUAGUCAGCAUCAAACAGUGAGAAACAGUCAGAUCUAUGAAACUAGAGUAAUCUGGAGUAGGAGGACCUCAAGGCAGAUAUUCUCUUUUCCGCUAUGGCUCUGUCUGUCUCAAUGAGGUUUUAUGCAUUGCACAGGGAAAAUGUAUUUCCUGAGAGACCUGGUCAGCCUGAAUGCCAGUUUUACAUGAAAACUGGAGACUGUAAGUUUGGUGCAGUUUUGAGAUUCCACCGUCCAAGAGAGAGACAUUCCUGCUCCUGACUGUCUUGAGUCUCAUAGGCCUUCCCUUUCGACCUGAGUUAUAUUACCUCCAGGCGGUUUUUAUAUCGUUUAUGAUUGUCUUAAGCCUCCAUUUUUUUUUUGUUACUUUUGAAGUCUGCUGGUUGAGUUAAAACUCGUCUGUAUUUGCAUAUUUAUGUCCCAACUAACCGAGGUUGUUUUCGGACUUGUCUUAGUAUUUGUUGCUUGCUAGCCUUGCUUAAUGGUAACCUGCUUAUGUUCUUAAAUUUUUGAACCACUUUCUGAUACAUAUUGCUUUGUUGAAAAGAAA